CGAGUCCCAAAGUUUGGACAUUACACAAUUUGGAAAUUCACAAAGGAUGCCUCUGCAUUAAAACAGAUGGCAGCAUGUGACUUUGAAGAUCUUUUGCAGUGUUCUCUUCCUUGCUUUGAAGGCCUUUUGCCAACUGCAGCUGACAACAAAAUUGUUCAAGAUCUUCUUUUUAUACUCAGUACUUGGCACAGAUUUGCAAAGCUGCAAAUACAUACUGAUACGAUGCUCAAUAUAUUCAGUGGUGUAAUGAAAGAAGCUGGCUGA